UUUCCUUAUUGCUGACAAUAUGUUUUGGUUCAUGGAGGGAAUAUGCUUUUUACCAACUUUUUUGGUCAUCUGGUCAUCCAGCACGUUUAUUGUUUCCUACCUAAUUGCAUUGUUCGAGCAUGAUGUGGAUGUUAUCUUCCCCUAUAUAAGUGAAAUUGGGGCUAAACCCCCAGAGAGUUGUAUCUUUGGCUUGAUGACAGUCAUCACUGCAUUUGCAGGUAUGGCCACCAUGUAUGCCAGAUACAAGUUUGUGGAGAAGCUCAAUGAGAAGGCAGGUGGUGUGCCCCCAGCACUGAACCAGGCCGCUUUCUGGAUUGGAAUGCUUUCUUGUUUGGGGAUAUGUUUUGUUGCUACUUUCCAGGAGACAACGAUAAUACAAAUGCAUGAUGCAGGUGCAUUACUCUUCUUCAUUUCUGGUGUGUUGUACACUAUCCUCCAGUCCAUCAUAUCCUAUAAGGCCUACCCCUAUGGAUGUUCCUUGGCCUUGUGUCAUACGCGCACCGGAAUGGCAACCAUCGCCUUCCUGGCAGUUUCCCCCAAUCAUCCACAGAAGUGGGACUUUCUGUCUGGUAGCACUGUAGUUCUGCCUGUCAAGCACACACUGGCAUCUAGUCCUUCUGUGCACCUGCAGCAGCACAGUACAAAAGGCCUGGAGUACAGAUGA